UAUAAUUACGUUAAUUGUAAUAUUAAGAUAAAUUGGUGUUUCCCAAUUCUGACAAUUAAACCAAUUAAAAGAGAAGAAAGAAAACUGCUUAGAGUGGUUCUACUUGGUAGUCUUAAGUAGUAAGUAGUAGUAGUAACGUUUUUCAAAACCCUCGCUUCCAACCUUCCCCCACUUUUCCUCUCUUUCUUCUUCGAAUGCUUCACAAAACCCUAGCCUUGCUUUUAUCUUCAUCGUCUUCUUCGGUUGCGUUAGGGUUUUGAUUUUCUUUUUUUAUAUAUAGAUAUAUAUUGUUUUGUCUUUUCUUCUAUUUUGUAUUUGGAAGGGAAACCAACGAGCGCGCGAGCGAGAAAGAUAUGGUCUCUGCCUCGCGAAUCGAAGUUGGGCCUCAGAUACUCUCGGCGGGAGUACGCAAAACCAUCCAAUCCAUCAAAGAAGUUGUGGGUAAUCACUCUGAUAUUGAAAUAUACUGGGCGCUUAAAGAAACCAACAUGGAUCCUAAUGAAACCACUCAGAAAUUGCUAAACCAAGACCCAUUUCACGAGGUGAAAAGAAAAAAAGACAAGAAAAAAGAGAGUGUAGGGUAUGAAGGUUCAACGGAGCCACGGAGACAUUCUGAGCCAGUAGGUCAAGAAGUGAAAGCAAAUACACAUUCUGAUCGUAAUUCUCGCAGAGGAGGCUACUCUCGGAAUGCUUUGCCUGGAGUUAGCAAAGAGUUUCGUGUUGUGAGAGACAACAGAGUUAAUAGAAAUAUCAAUAAAGAGUCAAAGCCAGUGGUAAUGCCUGCUGCAACAUCAACCAUUGAGAACGUGUCUAGUGGUUCUGGGAAGGGUUCAAUUGGCAGUUCAAGCAGUCAGAAACUCUCUGAUGGCAGGAUUUUAUCUCAGGGUUUGAAUAAAUCGUUUGAUUCCCAUUUUAGAAUUGUCCAAGAUAUUGAUUCUAGUGGCUCUGCCAGAAAAGAAGUAUCUGAGGAAAAGCGGGUUGUUCAGGCAGGGAAAGCUAACAAUCCGCGAUCGCAGCCUGCAAUGGUGGCAUCAAGCAGCUCUGCCAUAGGGGUGUAUUCCUCUUCCACAGAUCCCGUUCAUGUGCCAUCUCCUGAUUCUAGAUCUUCUGGUUCUGUUGGUGCUAUUAAGCGUGAAGUUGGGGUGGUGGGUGUUCGCCGACAGUCUUCUGACAACUCCAAGCAGUCUGUAGCUGGAAGUUCUUUACCAAAUUCAAUUUUGGGAGGGGAGGGUGCUACAGAAUCUUUACAGUCUUUCAAUACGAUAUCUAAAAAGGAUGAACUUAGUCAAACCCAUGAAUCCAUUAUCCCUAGCAUGUCUGUUAGCAGAUCAUUAUUAAGUCAUUAUGGUAACAGGCAGCCACACCAACAACCCGUAGGUCAUCAGAAAGCUUCCCAAAAUAAGGAGUGGAAGCCUAAAUCAAGUCAAAAGCCAAGCCUAAAUGGCCCUGGUGUGAUUGGAACACCCACAAAAUCUGCUACUCCUCCUGCUCACAAUUCAAAAGACUUAGAUGAUUCUAAGGUGCAUGAUCAGCUUUCAAGAGUAAACAUACAUGAAAAUCAGAAUGUCAUCAUUGCACAACAUAUUAGAGUCCCUGAGACAGACCGUUGUCAUCUGACCUUUGGCAGCUUUGGAAAAGAUUUUGAUUCGUCUCACGAUCUGGUUAAUGGCUUUCAAGCAGGAAGUGCAGCGGUGGAGGCAAAUGACGAACAUGCUGCAAGUUUGUCGGCUCCUGAGUCAAUUACUGAUGAGGCUUCUAGCAGCAAGCAAGUGGAUUUGAUUGAUGAGAAAAACAGAAAUUCUGAAUCUGAUUCUCAAACAUCAGGUGCAGUGUCUGACGAUCAAUUGGCAGAUAAGAAAGAGUCCUCGAGUCCUCCAAAUUUGGAUAGUUAUUCAGAUAUUGGAUUGGUUCAAGACAACAGUCCAUCCUAUACCCCUUCAGAGUCACAGCAGCAGCCAGAUCAUCCAGAAUUACCUGGUUUCUCGGCUUAUGAUCCCCAGUCCGGUUAUGAUAUUCCAUAUUUCAGACCUGCAAUGGAGGAAGCCAUGAGAGGACAAGCCCUACCAUCGCAUCAGGAGGCGUUGAGCUCUCAUAAUCCCAAUGUUCCCUCAUCAACAAUUGCCAUGGUACAACAGCAACCACAGCAACAACCUCCUGUACCACAGAUGUACCCAUCAGUUCAUGUUUCACAUUUUGCAAAUCUGAUACCAUAUCGGCAGUAUUUGCCUCCUCAAGUUUAUGUUCCACCAAUGGCCAUGCCUGGUUAUUCCAAUAACCCUGCAUAUCCGCACCCAUCCAACGGAAACAGUUAUGUGCUGAUGCCUGGUGGUGGUACCCAUCUUAAUGCCAACAGCCUAAAGUAUGGAGUUCAACAGUAUAAGCCUGUCCCUGCUGGCAGUCCAACAGGGUUUGGAAAUUUUUCUAAUCCAAAUGGCUAUGCUAUCAGCAAUCCUGGUGUCGUCGGGGGAGCCUCUGGGCAUGAAGACUCAUCACGCAUUAAAUACAAAGACUGCAAUCUUUAUGUUCCAAAUCCACAGGCUGAGACAUCUGAGAUCUGGAUCCAGAACCCAAGGGAGCUUCCAGGUCUGCAAUCCACUCCAUACUACAACAUGCCCGGGCAAUCUCCUCAUGCUGCUUAUAUGCCAUCUCAUACUGGUCAUGCUUCCUUCAAUGCGGCUGCAGCACAGUCGUCCCACAUGCAGUUUCCAGGUUUGUACCACCCUUCUCAACCUACUGCAAUCGCUAAUCCACAUCAUCUAGGCCCUGCAAUGGGUGGCAAUGUCGGUGUUGGGGUGGCUGCUGCUGCUCCUGGUGCACAGGUUGGUGCAUAUCAGCAGCCUCAACUGGGUCAUAUCAAUUGGACAACCAACUUCUGAAAACGAAUAUAUGUCUAACCCCUGGGUUGUAAGGGAUUGUGAAGUAGCUAUAUAAGUUUUUUUUUUUUUUUCAAUCCUUUUUCCCCUCUCUGUGAAAUGAAGGACUUAUAAUUUUCUAAUUAUAAUGCAUCAGCGCUAUUCAGCUUC